CACCGCGGCUCUCCGGUCUCAGUGUGCGGCAGCCUCGAAGCGGCAGCACAAGCAACCGAAGAUCGGUACGCUUGUCCUUCGUCUCCUCUCGCGGAGCUGACUGUCAUGUGAAGGACUCCCCCUCCGCUUUUUUGAAUCGUUUUGCUUCUUCUUCUUUUUUUAAAUCACGGACUUUUAUUCCCAGCCAGAAGACUUUGUGUGAUUUUAAGUGUUUGCUGAACGGAGUAACUCCAGCUUUCGAUAUGGGGAAAUAGCGAGGCUCUGACACUGUUCCAGCCCCAUUUCUAUCUUAAUGUAUAUAUGAAGCGACCUCUAUUUUUGACCUCCACGAUGAGCAUGGAUGGUUGUCCGCUGAAGGUGGCGAUUUUUCUGUGGUGCCUGCUGGUGAUUUCUGGCUCCAGCUUCGAGAUUGGCUCGUACGAGCUGGAGCGAGGAAGACCGGCCAAGUGCGAGCCCAUCACCAUCCCCAUGUGCGAGGGCAUCGGCUACAACCUGACGCGCAUGCCCAACUUCAUGGACCAUGACGACCAGAAGGAGGCUGCCAUCAAGCUGAAUGAGUUUGCCCCUCUGGUGGCUUACGGCUGUGACGUGCACCUCCGCUUCUUUCUGUGCUCCCUCUACGCACCCAUGUGCACUGACAAAGUGUCCACCUCCAUCCCUGCCUGCAGACCCAUGUGCGAGCAGGCGCGGGAGAGAUGCGCCCCCAUCAUGAAGAAGUUCAGCUACACCUGGCCGGACUCGCUCGACUGCUCCAAGCUGCCCACCAGGAACGAUCCCAACGCCCUGUGCAUGGAAGCCCCUGAGAACGAGACCAGAACCGAGGGCAAGAAAGGUGAGGGCAUGCUCCCUGUGCCCCCUCGCCCUCGACAGGCAGGGACCAGCGGCGGGCGCUCCUCGAGCGGCGGCAGCGGCUCCUGCGAGAACCCCGAUAAGUUCCAGUUUGUGGAGAAGAGUCAGUCGUGUGCGCCGCGCUGCUCGCCUACCGUGGACGUGUUCUGGUCCAGGCGAGACAAAGACUUUGCCUUCAUUUGGAUGACAGUGUGGUCCAUCCUGUGUUUUGUAUCCACCGCUUUCACCGUGCUCACUUUCCUACUGGAGCCGCACCGCUUCCAGUACCCGGAAAGGCCAAUCAUCUUCCUCUCCAUGUGCUACAACGUCUACUCAGUGGCUUUCAUCAUCCGCUCCGUGGCGGGCGCCGAGAACAUCGCCUGCGACCGGGAGCACGGCGAGCUGUACAUCAUCCAGGAAGGUCUGGAAUCCACAGGGUGCACCAUCGUCUUCCUCAUCCUCUACUACUUCGGCAUGGCCUCCUCCAUCUGGUGGGUCAUCCUCACCCUCACCUGGUUUCUGGCCGCGGGGAAGAAGUGGGGUCAUGAAGCCAUCGAGGCGCACAGCAACUACUUUCACAUGGCGGCGUGGGGCAUCCCGGCUCUUAAAACCAUCAUCAUCCUCACCAUGAGGAAGGUGGCCGGAGAUGAGCUGACGGGCCUCUGCUAUGUGGGCAGCAUGGACUCUGGGGCGCUCACCGGCUUCGUCCUCAUCCCCCUCUCAUGCUACCUGGUCAUCGGCACGUCCUUCAUCCUCACCGGCUUCGUAGCGCUCUUCCACAUCCGCAAGGUGAUGAAAACUGAGGGCACCAACACGGAGAAGUUGGAGAAGCUCAUGGUGAAAAUCGGCAUCUACUCCAUCCUCUACACUGUGCCCGCCACGUGCGUCAUCGUCUGCUACUUCUACGAGAGGCUCAACAUGGACUACUGGAAGCUGAGAGGGAGGAAAGCCACGUGCGGCUCCUUCAACGGCCACGCCGGCGAUUGCUCCCUGCAGGACUCCGUGCCCACCGUGGCUAUCUUCAUGCUGAAGAUCUUCAUGUCUCUGGUGGUGGGCAUCACCAGCGGUGUGUGGGUGUGGAGCUCCAAGACCUUGCAGACGUGGCAGGGUCUGUGCAGCAGGAAGCUGGCGGACAGGACUAGCAGCAGGAAGCCCUGCAGCGGAGUCAGCUGCAGCAGCACCCACUGCCAUUACAAAUCGCCCGCCGUGGUCCUGCACAUGGCCAAGACGGAACUGCAUGCAGACACUCCCACUCAUGUCUGACACCCGCAUGCACGCAUAAGGAGCUGCUAAAAAGACACCUGAGGGGAGGGGGGGGGCUGGUCAAGAUGGUUUGCAAAAAGGGACAUGUUCAGUAUUGCCAUAUUGUUCCGUGUAGUGGACCGUUAGAAGCGAUUGUGGGAUUUUUCUUCUACAAAGCAGCACAAUUAGAUGUAUAAAUCUGUAUAAAUGUUUAUUUAUUGUAAAUAUAUUUAAUUUAAAUUCAUCUUUUUGCCCUCACCGGAUGUUGUGUUUGGAUGCAUUUAUUCAAAAAGAGAUGAAGUGCCUUUUGUAAGAACACCGGCUCUCGACUUUAUUUUUGGAUGACAAAUAAUAAAUUUGUAAAACUUCAGUUCAA